CAUUGUAUAUACACACAUUUCUCUGAUUCGUAUAAUGUAAACCAUACUGUCCAAGACAACGAUUCUCAAGUUUUGUACCUAAAAUCAUAAGUGAAAAAAUUUGAAAUUCUCAUCUAGAAUUUAUUGCUUAAAAAUUUACAUGUAACUAUUAAUUCUUAGUUACAUCCUUCUUCAAUUGUAAUCUUAAAAUAUGCUUAAAAUGCAUUAAAAAUGAAAUAUUUUAGUUGGAUUUUCAUCGAUUCUAACCUUAAAAUUAAACAUCAACAUUAUAUUAUCAAAUAAUGUUUAUUUAAGUUAUUAGGAAAUAAGAUUAUAAAUAAUGAUUCGAAAUGUUUUAGUUGAAGCAACAUUUGCUUUUAAAAAGUUGAAUAAUUUUGAUAUUACCGGUAAAAAUUUUGUGAUUUUAAGUACUUUCAGGUUAUCUUCGAAAAAUCCAUUCAGAGCAGCGACUGAAUCAAUUUCAGAAUAUCUUAUUCCAAAUGUUCUGAGAAGUACAAACACAAUGAUUGAAAAUAAAUUUAUUUUAUUCGGCAUCGAAUUUAUAGUAAAAAAAGAAUCAAGCAAGAAAGUAUUAAUAAAAGAUUGUAUGAGUAUUUUACAAAAAGCAUCUAAUUUUCAUAAGGAAACAAAUAGUACAUAUCUACACGAACUUCAUGAUUCAAAAAAUUUUCAAACAUUAUGCAACAUGCUGAGAAGUAGAGAAACACUACCAUCAUGCAAUGAAGCUGUUCAAAUUUUAGUUUUUAUGUGUAAUUUAAAAAUGGGAAAAGUUAAUCCUCAAUUUAUUUCGACAUUAUGGCAACAAUGGAUUGAUGAGAAGAAUAUUCCAUUUUUAACAUUUUAUGAGAAUUAUAUGUUAUUGAUGUUUGUCUUGAAUCGUUUGCCCUACACAAAUUGGAUGGAAGUGCAAAAAAAAUUGCUAAUUAAAGAAUUAAAGAAUAAAUUAGUACUGACUGACAUUAAUAAUUUGCCACAUAACGAAAUAGAAGCUAUUGUUCGUUUAAAUGAGCAGAUUGAUAUUUUUGAUGGUAGAAUCGAUGACAAUGUACUGAAAUUGCUUCUUAAUAAGGAAUUAAAAAAAGAUUCUAUUGAUUGGACAUGGGUUUUCUAUCUUCUUUCUUUAGUAAAUGAUAUGCAUUUGGAAUUUAAUUCUAUUUUGAACGAGUGUCAUAAAAAUUUACUAUUAAAUAUUAUGAAUUACCGAAAAAAUCAAGUGUGGAAAAUUUUGACUAUUAUGAGGAGGGCAGUUAUGUAUCAAAGAUCAUACAAAUUCUACAAUGCCAAACUAUUAGAUACAAUUGUUGAUAAAGCCAUCUAUGAAAAUUACAAAAUUAAUGAAGGAAGUAAACUUAUACUAUUUUUAUCGAACAUAGGUCAUAAACAUGAAUCCUAUUUAAAUUAUCUAAUAAAAACAACGGAAAAUUCGAAACAUUCGAGUAUGAGUAAUAAACGACUUACAUAUUUACAUCUAUUUUCCUCUGCCGUUUAUGUUAAUUGUGAUUCAUCUUGUAACAUUCUUAUGGAUAAAUUAUUGAGUCAGAAGAAUUUUAUUUUAUCAUCGGAGACUAAUGAUAGAUUAAUAAAAUUCACUUAUCGUAUGAUAUUAUUGGAGCACUACGAUGAAGAUUUAAUAAAAGCCACAUUGAUGGACAGUCAUUAUGAAACACCACUUGAGGAGCAAAAGGGUUCAUUUGUUUUUGCAAUGGUGAAACAUUUUCAUCCAAUGCCACAACUAUUUCAAUCACUUGAGGAAAACAAGAAGAUAAACAGGCAAACCAAUUGGUUCAUAGAUGUAAAUAAAAAAUAUAAAGAGAAAACUGUCUUAACUUAUCCCCUACGAUCAAAAUUGGAAUUAUUAUUAGGUGGUCCUCAGUAUUUACUCACAAAAGUUAGAACUAAAUAUGGCCUAUAUGCAGAUCAUUUUUUACUUUUACGUCAAGGUGGUUACCCGGUGGCUUUUAACACAGUAUUAUUGCAGAAAGAGAUUAAUACCAUGAAGCAAGUACCAGUUCCAAACAAUUGUCACUUAGUAGUCAUUAUAUUAAUAAGGCAACAUGCUUAUAUAUUGAAUACAGGAGAGAUUAAAAGAUAUUAUCAAAUGUUUAUGAAAUUACAAAGAGCAAUAAGCAAGAAUACCGUUGUUAUUUAUGAAAAAGACUGGAACAAUGUGCCUGAACCGAAGAAACUCUGUUGGCUUAUGGAACAAAUUAAAAAAGAAUGUCAUUCAAUUUUUGAAAGACCAUUUUAAAGUCAAUGGUAUUCGAGUAAUAUAUUUAUAUAUUAUGUAAAAAAGAAGCGUGAUAGUUAAAAUCACGUGUUUGUAAGAAAUGUAAAUAAUUUGAAUUUGUUAUUUGUUAAAUAAAUAUUAUUCUUAAAGAAAAA